AUGGCGUCGCCUCAGGAUCAUGGACAGGACCAGAACAUGGGCUGGACGUCGACGGGGAAGGCACCCACAGCUUCGGCGACAGCUUCAUCUUCGUCUUCGUUCCUCGACGAUGGCGACUCGUCAGAUCGACCCAAAACAAUUCUCAUCUUUGUCUUCGCGAUUGCUGCGCUACUACUUAUCAUAGGCGCUCUCGUCUGGAGAUAUCAUUACAUCCGCAAACACCACCUUCCCAUGCGUUCCUUCUUCACAUUUACGACCGGCACCAAGGAUCGACCCCCAUUACCUGUCCACCUCGCCUCCUCCUCUAACCCCCGAUCACGAACGCGUUCCCGCCUCGACAGUCUCACACUCACUACCCUCCCCGUCCCGCCUCUCGCCCAUCCACGUUCCCGUCGAACAAGCAACCCCGCACGAAAUAGCGCACGAGGACGGACAAGAACGCGUGGAGCCGACAUCGAUGUCGGAGGGAGGAGGUUGCCCGCGGACGGUAUUAGCGAAAAGGAUAUCUUGCCGGCAUAUGGGGAGGAGGCUGCCGGUGGAAGGUUGCCGUUAUAUGUUGAGUUGGAAGCGAUGGACUUUGGCAGAGGUGUAGGAGCCGAUGGAGGCGAGGCUAGGACGCCCACCCAGGACGAACCUCCUGUUGGUGAGGGAUUUAUGCCAAGUAGCGACGUUGAGCGCCAGCAUGGAUCACAACCGUCCGCACACACUGAGCCCACAGUAAGUCUAGCUACCUCUCUCGCACUACCGCUCCUGGAUGGCUAG